CUGCGGGGAGGGAGGCAGGCUGGUGAGGGGAUGGGCAGGGGGCGGUGGUGGUGUUGGGUUUUGCAGCUCAGCCCUGAGCGCCCGCCCAGAACCCCCAGGAGCCGGGGCCUGACGACAGCCACUCGGCACGCACUCCCGAGGGCCGCCCGCUGCCACGCUGCUCCGGGGAGACCGGGGAGAGGACGCUCUCCUCCCGGGCGCAGGUGCGGGCCCUGCGGAGACCAUGUCCGUGACCUUCGCCCUCUUGCUCCUCCUGAGCCAGGCCACCUCAGACCCCUGCUACCACCCGGGGGGCCGCCCCCGCUUCUGCCUCCCACCGGUCACCCAGCUGGCCGGCGUGGCGGCCUCCUGCCCGCAGGCCUGCGCCCUGGCCGCGGGGGCCGAGGCGGGCGGCAGGGCCCCCUGCAAUGGCAGCCUGACCCUGGCCCUGGGCGGCUCCUUCCUGCUGGCGUCCGUCAGCCUGCGCUUCUGCACCCCGGGGCCCCCGGCGCUGGUCCUGUCGGCCGCCUGGGCCGCGGGAGGCCCCUGGAGGUCGCUGUGGCGCAGGCCCGCCUGGCCCGGCGCCCUGGGGGGCCCCGGAAAAGUGACCUUCCGUGCCCCGCCGGGCUCCAAGGCCAGCCUGGUGGCCAGUCGCCUGCGCGUGGAGCUCGGGGGCCGGGCGGGGCUGGCGGCGGCCGGAGUGAGAGGACGCUGCCAGUGCCACGGCCACGCCGCCCGCUGUGCCGCCCGCGCCCGGCCCCCCCGCUGCCGCUGCCGCCACCACACCGCCGGCCCCGGGUGCGAGAGCUGCCGCCCGUCCCACCGAGACCGGCCCUGGCGGCCGGCCACGCCCUGGCACCCCCACCCUUGCCUACCCUGUUCCUGCAACCAGCACGCCCGCCGCUGCAGGUUCAACGCGGAGCUGUUCCGGCUGUCGGGGGGCCGCAGUGGCGGCGUCUGCGAGCGGUGCCGCCACCACACAGCGGGGCGGCACUGCCACUACUGCCAGCCCGGGUUCUGGAGGGACCCCAGCCAGCCCAUCACCAGCCGCACGGCCUGCAGGGCCUGCCAGUGCCACCCGAUCGGGGCCACAGGGGGCACCUGCAACCAGACCAGCGGGCAGUGCUCCUGCAAGAUAGGGGUCACGGGCCUGACGUGCCGCCGCUGCAGCCCUGGCUACCAGCAGAGCCGCUCCCCCAGGAUGCCCUGCCAGCGAAUCCCAGAGGCAACAACCACCCUGGCGACCACCUCUAGCGCUUACAGCUCCGACCCUCAGUGCCAUAACUACUGCAAUGCCUCGGACACCAGGGUACACAUGAGCCUUCGGAGGUACUGCCAGCAGGACUACGUCCUCCACGCGCAGGUGCUGGCGGCAGAGGCGGCGGAGGCGGCGGAGGCGGCGGGCCAGGCCUGGCGGCGGCUGGCCCUGCACGUGCUGGCCGUGUACAGGCAGCGGGCGCGGCCCGUGCGCCGCGGCGGCCAGGAGGCCUGGGUGCCCGGCGCCGACCUGGCCUGCGGCUGCCUCCGCCUGCAGCCCGGCUCCCACUACCUGGUGCUGGGCAGCGCGGCGGGCCAACCCGACCCCGCGCGCCUCGUCCUCGACCGCCACGGCCUCGCACUUCCCUGGAGGCCGCGCUGGGCCGGGCCGCUGCGGCGGCUGCAGCGGGAGGAGCGAGCAGGCGGCUGCCGCGCCCUGGAGCCUCCGACCCCGGCCUAGCGCCGGAGCCCGGAGCCCGGAGCCCGGAGCCCGGAGCCCAGCGGCCUCGAAAGCCAACCAACGUGCCAGGAGGAGCCACCAGCAGGGCAUUUUACCUCGACGGCGCGCGUCGCUGAGCCAAUCAGAUCUCGCGGUGGCUCUGACGUCACUGGCCUGCGCCAGCACCGUGCGGGCAGGGAGGCCUCUGAACCAAAGGCAGCUGCAAACUGCAAACGGGACCUUGGGUUCUCUGGCUGCACAUCGGCCCGAGUCCUGUGAAACUGGUCUCUUCAAUAAAGUCUUAAGUCGUGAGGGAGUUUGGCUACAGACCCCUGAUCUGUGUCGGAGGGUUUCUGAGGGGCGAAUGAAGAAGGCCUCGAGUAAAUCGGAGGAGUCCGAAGAUGGCUACCACUCCCUGAGAAAAUGGCCAAUCCAAUGAAAGCGGUGAGGUGACGUCACUAAGCGCUAGGCAGAUUGUGUUGCCCAAUGAUUGGGUGAAAGCGAGGGGGUGCGGACAGUGGCUGGAAAAGGCGGGAAUGUGUCUUUUCAGGAUGGCAGUGCCAGAUUUCCAGAAAGUUCCAGAUUUAGGAAACUUUCCGUUCUAAGAAGGAUCUCAGGGUGGUUUCUGAGAAGGAAAUAAAAAACCUUUGGAAUAAAUAUCCGACAGUGGUUCUGAGUGGGGUCCACCUAGUCUGGAAGCAUAGCCUAAGCCCUUUCCCGAGAGAAUAGCCAAUUGCAAGCCACAGAGUAGUAUGACAUCACUUGGUGCUAGGCAGAAUUCCAUCCUACCCAACAACCGGGUACCUAUAGGCCAGAGGGAUGGAGUUAAAAA